AUGACAUUUCUGUUCGCGAUUCAUUUAUCUAGGGAACCCCAUCUCUCGCUUAUCCUUCCUGAGAAGGUACACAACAGGCAAAAAGGAAACGAAGGCGGAUUAAUGUCCAGGGUAGAAGAAAAUAGUAUCAUCUCACUUGCUUCAGAUGAAGGGGAGUUUGAUAAUGACGACGUUGAAAUUAUAAGUGCCUGUACUAAUAGGGGACCAACCAACACUGACACUAGAACGGCUCCAGGGCAGCAGGAAGUCAUCGAUGUUGAUGCUCUGGUAGAGGACACAGAGGUGGUCCAUGAUGAUGACGAUGAUGGCGAUGAUGAUGACAUACAGUUUCUGAGUGAAUCAAGAGCUGCAACUCCCGUUGAAAGGGCGGACGUUAUAGUUACUCCAAACGGCGACUUCCCCAUCCCACCAAGAAGAGUUACAUUGAUUCAAAGAGCGCCAUUUCAAAAUGCACGAUACCCGCAAACGUCCCGUAUUUUGAACCCGUCUGAACUAGUUUUUCGGACUCAGGAAGCUCGCAGAAGGAGGCAACGAACCAUUCAAGCUCGCAGGAGAAACCUUCAAAAUUUGUUUGCUAAUCAUGGCAGUUCCAAUCGUAUUUUCUUCCACAGGAUAGGCAGCCAUAAUCAAGGAGCUUUUGAAGAUGAUCCUGAUGAUCCUGAUUAUGAGUAUGGUCAGGAAAUGUUGCCUGGCCCUUUUGGAGCAGUAUUUGUCAACUCUCAUAUUCUAGGUCGAAGAAACGACUAUGUUGACGAGAACAAUAUGGCAAGAGUAAUGCGUAUGAUUGCCGAAAGUGAAGAAAACAUGGAAGAUCAGAGGGUUGACUCAAGACAUAGGUUGGCUCGGACUGUCAGAAAAAAGAAGGAAUCCGCUUCUAAAAUUCGUACGAAAACUGAAGAAGCAUCUUUUUUCACAAACAAGAUAGAUAAUUCAGAUGACCUCCGAUGUCUUCUAUGCGGAAUGCAACUUGGCUCUGGGUUUCCCGCUGACUUCAAAGUGGAUCAUGAACAGAACUCUGCAUCUGGUAUUCUGAAAUAUAAGGUUCCUGCGCCAUGGCAAUGUUGUAACCAGGUGACCGAUGUGGAUAAAGAGCUCUCAAAGAAAGUGUUUUUUGCCAAAUGUGGUCACGUCUAUUGUGGCCGAUGUGUCAAUAAUAUUAUGCGUUCUGACUUACGAAAGCGGAACCGAAAGAGUCAGAGUAUUUUGCAGGCAUUGAACUACCAAUUGCUUUCGACCAUCAAGUCACCAGAUGAACUUAAGGAAAAGAUAGUUGAAGAAUUUAAUUCCAAAACAACGAAACAAAAGAAACCGUCAAAAAUAACCAAAGAGGAACUAAACAUAUCAUACGAAGAUAUUUGCUCUCCUUCAGUCUGCAGUGGUUGGAAUUGCUCGCAACGCUUGAGAAAUGGGAAAAAGGCCUUCAGAGAGAUAUACUAUUAA